UGGGCCUGAGGAGUACAGAUUUGUUUGUUCUAAACUUCCCAUUUUGAAUUUCAAAUAUAUAGCCGUUACAUGCUAAUGAAAAGAAUCCGGUUAACGGUCACUUCCCCAAUAUAUACUUGAUCCUUCUCCCACCUCCGCUCCUCACAGAAAUUUGAGAUUAAAUCAUAUAUUUAAGAGAGAGAAAGAAAGCAAAAAAGACAAGAGAAAAUAAAAUGGAAGCAACAGGAGGAGGAGAGAAAAUAGCGACGUCGGCCAUGGAAGCAUUUGAGAAGCUUGAGAAGGUAGGAGAAGGAACUUACGGCAAAGUUUAUAGAGCGAGGGAAAAAGCUACUGGAAAGAUUGUCGCUCUCAAGAAAACUCGUCUUCAUGAAGACGAUGAAGGCGUACCGCCUACCACUCUUCGCGAAGUCUCGUUGCUUCGUAUGCUUUCUCGCGAUCCUCAUGUCGUCAGGUUGAUAGAUGUGAAACAAGGGCAAAACAAAGAGGGGAAGACUGUUUUGUACCUGGUGUUUGAGUACAUGGACACAGACCUUAAGAAAUACAUUCGUACAUUUCGUAAUACCGGAGAUAAUGUCCCUUCUCACAUAGUCAAGAGUUUAAUGUACCAACUGUGUAAAGGUGUUGCUUUCUGCCAUGGGCAUGGAGUCCUUCAUAGAGAUCUCAAGCCACACAAUCUUCUGAUGGAUCGUAAGACGAUGGUUCUUAAGAUAGCUGAUCUCGGCCUUGCUCGGGCAUUCGUCAUUCCCAUCAAGAAGUACACUCAUGAGAUAUUGACGUUGUGGUAUAGAGCUCCAGAGGUUCUUCUAGGCGCUACACAUUACUCCUGUGGUGUUGACAUGUGGUCCGUAGGCUGUAUAUUCGCUGAGCUAGUGAACAAUCAAGCUCUCUUCUGUGGAGACUCUGAGCUGCAGCAACUCCUGCACAUAUUCAGGUUACUGGGUACCCCAAAUGAGCAAAUAUGGCCAGGAGUGACUAAAUUGAAGGACUGGCAUGAGUACCCUCAAUGGAGCCCCAAAGACGUUUCGUCUGCUGUCCCUGGAUUGGAUCAAGAUGGGAUUGACCUGCUAACUAAAAUGUUGAUCUAUGAGCCCUCCAAGAGGAUCUCUGCCAAAAAAGCUAUGGAACAUCCGUACUUCGAUGAUCUGGACAAGACCUAUCUGUAGGGAGCUUAUGAUCUGUAACAAACUUCGAUAUAUGUUUCUCUCAAACACCAAAUUUACAACUUAUUCUGUAGGGAGCUUAUGAUCUGUAACAAACUUGAUAUUUGCUUCUCUCAAGCACCAAUAUUCCUGUCUGAGGGGUUUGAUACAUGUUUCUCUCAAGCACCAAAUUUAAAACUUAUUCUGUAGGGAGCUUAUGAUCUGUAACAAGCUUGAUAUUUGCUUCUCUCAAGCACCAAUAUUCACAAUCUGUUCUGAGGGGUUUGAUUUACAAACCUCUGUAGCAAAUUUUAGUUUUUCUUCUACAAUGAUGUUGAACGAUUAGAUCAAUUAAUAUGUGGAACCAUUGCGCACAAA